AUGCGCGUGGGCCUGGUCGGUCUCCCGCAGCCCCUCAGCGGGCGGAACCGGGCGCGACCCCCGCCGCACGUGGGCCUGGCGUCGCGACAAGGUUGGGCGGUGGUGCGCCGCAGCCCAACCAGGACUCGCCACCUGGCGCUCCUGGAGAGGAGGCGCCCUCUGCGUCUGGCGGCUCGCUGCAUGGCGGCUCGCCGCAUGCCGCACCGGAUCCGCUACAGGAGUCGAAUGGGGGAUUUUCUGUGGCUGAUUCUUCGGCUGUGUCUUCCACGUCCAAUCGGCUUCAACAACAUCUGGCUCAGCCUCCUCCGCCUCCUCCUACGCGAGCACACACCAGGUGAACUAGGAGAAGCACUCGGUGACUCCAAGUGGAAAGAUGCUAUGGACGAAGAGUAUGCUGCUCUCAUGAAGAACAAAACCACGCACUUGGUUCCUCCUGCCAAGGGUCGGAAUGUGAUUGAUUGCAAAUGGGUGUUCAAGGUAAAAAGAAAGUCUGAUGGUAGUAUUGACAGACGAUCCCCGGCGGCGUGGCGGCAUGAUGGCGCGGUGGUGGCGGGGGGCGAGGAAGCGGCGAGGAAGCGGCAUAGUGAGCGGGGAGAGCGCGUGUGGCAGUGUGGAGGCCGCGUGGCGAGCCCCGCAAUUUAUAAGCGCGCUCGAAGCGUUUCUUUAAUCCAAGCUGUCAGCCCAUGCACCUUGCUCGAUCUCCUUCCUACAAAUCAUGGCAUUCUUCGCCGGAGCUGGCUAGAAGAGCCACAGAGAAGUCGAUCAGCGCCACCACAAUCCCACUCCCACCCACGGACCCACCUGCUCGGCGAAAUGGUGCCGCUCAAGCACUUCGACGUCCGGAUCGCCUCGCGGACGCUGCUCCGGGCCUCGCGCCCGCCGCGGGGCUUCCCGGCCGUGCACGCUGUCUCCAACCUCGACCUCGUCCUCGGCCCCUUCCCUCUCUACCUCGUCUGCGUGUACGGGCCCCUGCCGUGCGGCCUCGGUGCCGUGCUCUCCGCCGUCCGCGCCGCGCUCCCGGCCUACCUCUCCCGCUUCUUCCCCUUCGCCGGCCGCAUUGUGCGCGACCCGGGGACCAGCAUCCCCGAGGUCGCCUGCAACAACGCCGGCGCCGAGCUCGUCGUCGCGAACGCCGCCGUGCCGCUCGUGGCCGUCGAUUUCGCUAACAUCGAGCGCUCGCUGGGGCUCAUCCAGGUGCCCUUCGACGCGGGCUUCGCCUUGUCGGUGCAGAUGGUACGGUUCGCGUGCGGCGGGUUCUCGUUGGCGGUCGGCACCAACCACCUCCUCGCCGACGGCAGGGCGCUGGCCGUCCUGCUGAACGGUCUCACGGAGAUGGUCCGCACGGGCGGACGCCUCUCCCGCGAGCCCCUGUUCGACCAGUCUCUGUUCAGCCCGCGGUCACCACCGCGGCAUAGCCCGUCUCUGGACGCCGAGUUCGCGCGGUUCACGCCGGGGACCAUGAUCAACCCCCUCCUGGCCGCGGCCAUCCAGCGGCGCCUUUACCGCAUCGAGGCGGCCGACCUCGCGGCGCUCCAAACGGCGGCUGCGACAGUCAGCGGCCGCCGCCCGUCACGCUUCGUGGCGCUGUGCGCGCACGUCUGGAAGCUCCUCGCGCGGGCCGUCGGCGAGUCCGCCCCGAGCUGCCGUAUGGCGUGGAUCGUCGACGGCCGGAGGUGCGUCGAGCCGUCGGCGGGCGCUCUGGACAUGUACAUGGGGAACGUCGUCACGUACGCGUCCCACGAGGCGAGCGUGUCGGACCUGCGGCGCAUGCCGCUGCACGACGUGGCCGCCACCGUGCGCGCCGCCAUCACGACGGUGAUGAGUAAGGACAGGUUCCAGGAUUUGGUCGACUGGGCGGAGGAGAACAAGGCAGCGUACAAGGACGGCGGGAAGUGGACGGAGGAGGUGAACCUCGGCCUCGGUAGCCCGGCGCUGGUGAUCUCCGGCUUCGUCCCGUUCGCCAUCGACGGGGAUCUGGGGUUCGGGAAGCCGAGGCUGGUCUUGCCGUGGCUGCGGCACAACCGGCUGGGGUCGGCGGCGAUGAUCCUCGUGCCCUGCCCGAGCGGGGAUGGGUCGUGGUUCGUGGAAGGCACGAGGCUGUGGCCGCGGCUGGUGGAGGUGGUGGAGAAUGUCCCGGAGAGCUUGCUGACGCCGGUGACGGCCGGGAGUCUAGGGUUCGCAGAGCCGGCCGGCGAGCACUACGGUUCCCGUCUGUGA